AGUAUUUAACGAUCCGCAAAUUGUGUUCCGAAAUGGCGGCUCCCACACAUCAAUAAAUUAGUCAUUAUUACUUUUGUUGUUUCGUGUGUUUGUUUUAUACGGACUAAAUGGCGGGUUACCCAGACCUUCGUGACCACCCAAAAUAUGUCGAGGCGAUAUCCUGGUGCCCUCAAAAUGAGGAUCAAGUUAUGAUGGCGAUUCGGGUUUUCUUAGAUUUGUGCGAAGUUCGGAACUGGUUUGAUGUCAGAACUCACCACUGCCGUGAAAUGAAUUUGGUAUUUCUCUCUGGACGGUCAUCAAAGAAGGGUCAAACAGAAUUGAUUUUACCUACAGACAUCUAUAGCCAAAUCAGUCCAGCAGAUAUGAAGAUGUAUUUUUCAGCAAUAAAGUUAGAAAAUGUAGAAACAAACUGUUUAACACUUGCAGUGUAUAAUGUAGACUCAACAAUUGUGUAUUAUAAAAUGUUCUCUGGAUUAGUUCCACCAGAGAAUCCCGAAAUGUCGGAACAAAAACGUAGGGACAAAUUUGAGAGUUUUCAAAGAUCUCGAAACGAUUUAUCAAAGUAUAUACAACAGUUUACAGAUGAAAGACAAACCCAUAGUUAAUCCUAAUUCAUAAAUGUAAAUGUGUUUUUCCCCACAGGUUUAUGAGCCUUAUCUAAUGCGGUAAUAUCAUGAUGAAGCUUUUACUAGACACAGACUUUUAUUUUGGAAAUAAUGUAAAAGAGGCAGAUUUAAUUUUCUUUUUGAUAAAUUCUCAAACUUACAAUUCAUUAGAUAACUCUCAUUAAAACUGGCGUUUGUGUGAGAUUGAGAAAUAAAAUGAA